AUGGACGCCGUGGGGCGCGCCCUCUUCAGCGGCCACGCCCUGACGGCGGCGCAGACCUUCGUCGCCGGCGUGUCGCGGCCCAAGAAGAAGCGAGAGCUCACCAGCGACCUGGGGCGCAAGGACUUCGGCUUUGCACAUGAGGAGUUUGAUGAUGAGUCCGGCUUCUAUGAAGGCACGUUCAAGGUGAGGAUGCGCAACGGCGUGGGACACCUCCUUGAGGCCAACUCCGGUGCCAGCUACAGCGGCCAGUUCCUGCAUGAAAGGAGACACCGGCACGGCGUCCAGAAAUAUUCAGACAGUUCCUACGACGGAUUCUGGUCUCACGGGGAGAAGCACGGCCAGGGACUGUUUCAGUCCAGCACAGGCGCUGCGGUGUCGCGGCGCACCUAUGAUGGGAAAUGGGAGGAAAGCCUGAAGCAUGGUGCGGGGAAGCAGCUCUACAAGAAUGGCGAUGAAUAUCACGGUACGUGGUACCAAGGCCAAUGCAGCGGCAAGGGGGUUUACUAUCACGCCAACGGUGCAGAGUUCCAUGGCGCGUGGGCGGCUGGCAAGCGCCACGGCGGUGGGAUGUACUUCGGUCCUAAGGGGCAGAAGGAGCACCAUAUCUACCAGUUCGGCGUCCUGAUGGAGCGACGGAUCUUGCUUCCGGGCUCCAAGCCGCCCCGGGGCCACCGGGUCAUCCAGCCGAUGCACACCGACCAGACCCUGAAGACGCAAGCGCACAUCGAUAUGUUGAAGGACACCAUGUUUGACUCCAUACCCUACAUGGGCCAUUUGUCAGUGAAAGACUCCACCUUACUGGACCUGAGUGCCCCUAGCAUCCGACGACAGCAAGCGGCGGCCAACGUGGCGGAGAUGAAGCGAGCUUCGGCGCUAUUGGGCCGAGGAAACCUCUAUCCUUUUGACCCAGAGGGCGACCGCUUGGCCGACCAGGAGGAGGAGGAGUCGGUGCCUGGAAGUUGCGCCACGAGGAGCACGGAGGCCGAAAGCGGUGAUGCACCGGAACCGGCGACGCGAGGGGAAUGCUAUGAGUACCAGUGCAGUGAGGGUUGGUCUCCUAAGACUGAUCACCACAAGCGCCACGGCGCCAGUGACCUCGAGUGCUGCGAGAAGACUUGUGCCUUGUGGUCUUGUGGCGAGGGCUUUGCCUCGAACGAAGCGUACAGCACCAACGUCUUCCAGAGCAAUGAGAUGUGCUGCGACAAGACUUGCGCCACCGUGCCUUGCAAGGCGGGCUACCGGAACAAAGGGGCUGAAGCAUUGGCGCUCACACACGAUGAAUGUUGUGAGAUGACCUGUGCACUCUUCAACUGUACCGGCAAUUGGACUCGCCAGCCCAGCGCGGUCGAUAGGGUGGCGGAGGACGAGAACACCUGCUGCCAGCCCAGCUGUGCCGUCUUCGACUGCGCUGCAGUGAGCAAAGAAGCCAAGCUGGAUGCCGUGCAUUUGCCCGCCAGCUCAGCGGAUGUGUGCUGCGUCAAGACCUGCUCCUUUUGGUCCUGCCCUUACGGCUAUGUGAUCCCGGAGGAGAAGAAGCACCUCCCAGAGCCGAGCGAUGAGAGGUGUUGUCAGCAGGAGCUGUGUGCCGUCUUCGGAUGCAGUGCCGGCUACACUCCCAACGACUCCAGGGCCAAGCUCGUGGGCCACAGCGACGCCGAGUGCUGCAACGCCACCUGCGCCGCAUUCACUUGUGAGGCCGCGGAGGGGUGGGUAGUCGACCCGGCCAAGUUCAAGGUGGUCGCCAGCGAUGCACCCUCCUGCUGCCAACGGAGCUGUGCACACCACGAGUGCAGUGACCAGUGGGUGAAAACGGCGCCCCCAGAGAAGGCUGGCGACAGUGAUGCAGAAUGCUGUGCCAAGACCUGUGCGCUUCAUGCCUGCGAUGCUUCGCUCGGCUGGGUGCCCAACACGGCCGUGGCCGCCGUGCCCGGCCCCGACGACGCGAGCUGUUGCAGCCCCACGUGCCGCCGCCACGACUGCAGCGAGGGCUGGGUGAUCGAUGCAAGUAAGUUCGAAGAGGAAAAGUCCAGCGACGAGGAUUGCUGCCUGGCCACGUGCAGCCUUCACCAGUGCGAAGCAUCCAACGGCUGGGCAGAGGACCCUGCGAGAAAGAACCGUGUGGGCCAGAGCAACGCCGAGUGCUGCCAGCCGACCUGUAGCCGCCAUGAGUGUCCGGAAGGUUGGGCCUCCGAUCCUCUGAAGGCUCGGGUGGCCGGCGACAGCGAUGAGGAAUGCUGUGUGAAGACCUGCGCACUGCAUAGCUGCAGCGCGGCCGACAGGCUCGCACCGAAGCCGAAGGCGGAGGUGUUGCUGGGGGAGACAGAUGCCCAGUGCUGCGAACAUGAAAACUGUCGGAAGUGGCCAGAGGCCUUGAAAGAAGCCCUUGACGGCUGCAAUGCCACCAGCAUUCACGAUGACUGCGAGCACAUGUUCGAGAAGACCCCUCCCAAUGAAGAAGGGCUUGUGAAGCUCAGCCGUUGUGGAUACUUGUUCGUCUCCGGCGAAGUGUACAGCUGCGGCGCGAGUGAGAAGGCCCACUUUUGUUCGCCCUAG